AAAAGACUCGGUCUUGGUUUUAGCUGCAGGAGUUAGGAAACUGCUGAAUGUGAAAUGGGUUCUUCUUACACCAAGAUGGUAAUUUAAAAAACAAAAAAAAAAACCACAGUGGCGUGGAGAUGGACCCGGAGGUGAGUGGUAAUGGAAAGAGGGAGGAGGGGUUCGAGUCAACGGUGAAUUAGGCACGUAGAGUAUUGAAAAGGAAGCAAGACCAGAGAGAGAGAGAGAGAGAGAUCAAUUGGUUGAAGAAGAAGAAGACCCUGUUGCUCUGAGGAGGUUGCUGCUUUGCUCUUUCUCUGUGAGUUUGAGCUUUCCUCUUUUGCUUGAACCUGGAUACGAGAAGGUUCGUUUCGGCUCGCAGUCUGCAUAAGAUCCCGAAGAAGAAGAAGAAGGAAGGAAGGGAGGAAUAGAAUAAGUAGGUUCAGAUGGGGAAUUGCUGUGGCUCUCCAGCUGAAGAGCCAGCCUCUGUGACUCCUGAUCAUUUCACUUCAGAGGUCAUCUCCCAGACAACCAGUAAUACCACAUCCUCAGGAGGCAGCAAUCUCUCUCGGAACAGCCGGUUCUCCGCGUCAAGCGGGGAUGAGGCUUUUCCUAAUGGGCAGAUCUUGGCGCACCCGAGUCUGAAGAUCUACACUUUCUCGCAGUUGAAGGUGGCAACCAAGAAUUUCAGAGUCGAUAUGGUGCUCGGUGAAGGAGGAUUCGGCAAAGUGUACAAAGGUUGGCUCGAAGAGAAGCCCUCAUCAAGAAGCGGCACCGGAUCUGUGAUCGCGGUGAAGAAAUUGAACUCCGAAAGCCUGCAGGGUGUUGAGGAAUGGCAGUCCGAGAUACAUUUCUUAGGACGGCUUUCUCAUCCGAACCUCGUGAAGUUAUUGGGAUACUGCUAUGAAGACAAAGAGCUGCUCCUUGUGUAUGAAUUCAUGCAGAAGGGCAGCUUAGAGAACCAUCUAUUCGGAAGGGGCUCGGCUGUUCAGCCUCUUCCAAUGGAAAUAAGGAUCAAAAUCGCCCUCGGAGCUGCUCGAGGCCUUGCAUUUCUACAUACAUCGGACAAGAAAGUGAUAUACAGAGACUUCAAGGCCUCAAAUAUACUCCUCGACGGGUCCUAUAAUGCCAAGUUAUCGGACUUUGGAUUGGCGAAGUUGGGUCCUUCUGCUAGUCAAUCUCAUGUGACUACUCGUGUCAUGGGAACAUACGGGUAUGCUGCGCCAGAGUAUAUGGCCACAGGGCAUCUGUAUGUCAAGAGCGAUGUGUAUGGAUUUGGCGUGGUAUUGGCGGAGAUACUCACGGGGUUGCGGGCGCUCGAUCCCAAUCGCCCAAGUGGAAGACAUAAUCUCGUGGACUGGGUCAAGCCAUAUUUAGCUGAUAGGCGUAAGCUGAAAUCCCUUAUGGACUCUAACCUGGAGGGAAAAUAUCCUGCAAAAACCGUAUUCCAAGUGGCUCAGCUCGCCUUACGUUGCCUUGGCCCUGAGCCGAAAUGCCGUCCAUCUAUGAAAGAAGUUGUGGAGACACUAGAACAGCUCAAAGCUUCUAGCGAGAGAGCAAUCGAGCCCAGGGCUCAUUCCUCUCAUCCUCUGGCUCAUCGGCGUGGCCAAGAGCCCUUGCACCACCGGUCCCCUCUGCACCAGAGGCAGGAAAAGGGCCAAGCCAACCAACAUUCGCCUCUGGCAAGGUAAAACUGUUAUGAACCCAAGAAUCAUGUCAUCGAUCGGUGAAGACUUUCUUCAACUCUAUUCAAGUGAUGUGUUGAUAUGUUGGAGAGAACAGUGAUUGUUUGAUCCUAUGGAGAUAGGUUUGUACCAAAAUUUUCGCACGAGAGGGUGUCGUCCCCAUUCAGUAGUCCCUCGAAAAGGCUCUGUUUGCCAAUUGUUGUACCACUGUAGCGAGACUUCAUUGGAGACAUGGAGGUUUUCCCCUGUCUCCUGGGAAAAAGAAGAGUCUGAGAGCUGCAUUAUUGUAAUCCUAGUGGUGAAGUUGCGGGUGGAAAAAUGUACAUUCCCUUAUUUCUUUUUAACGUGUGUCUCGUGUCCU